UCGGAUUUCAAAUGUCAUUUAAAUUUUAAAGCAUACACAAUUUUGGUUUGUUAUCACGCAGUAUAUUGACAUACUUGAGACUUGUGCUGUGAUGUUUUAUUAUCAGAUAAACUAAAAGUAAUGUGUCGAGAUUAUUGAGAGGUAAUCAUACUGAAGACUUAUCUGUAUAAAGAAUAAAAAUAAGCAAACAACUAUGGACAAAAUAAAUUUUACGGUGAAUGGUGAACACAUCUCUUUGACUGGUUCUGAAGUAUCCCCUUCAACUUCCCUAAAUGAUUAUCUGAGGAACUACCUUGGUCUCCUAGGAACUAAGGCUAUGUGUCAUGAAGGGGGGUGUGGCGCAUGUAUCGUCUCUGUCACGAAAAUUCAUCCCGGAAGUAAGGAGAAACAAAUUAUUGCUGUUAAUUCGUGUUUGGUGCACAUUCUUUCUUGCCACGAAUGGGAGAUCACAACCAUAGAAGGAGUGGGAUGCAGGAAAACCGGUUACAACGCAUUGCAGACUAGGCUGGCUGCCUUCAACGGUACCCAGUGCGGGUACUGCACACCUGGCUGGAUCAUGAACAUGUACAGCUUGUUCGAGGGGUCAAAGAAAAACCUCACUACGAAACAGAUAGAGCGAUCGUUUGCUGGUAACAUAUGUCGCUGUACCGGCUACCGGCCUAUACUCGACGCUUUUAAGACUUUUGCUUCGGAUGUUGAAGCCAGUAACGAAGUAAAAGAUUUAGAAGAUCUCGAUACACUAAAAUGCGCAAAAAAAUGUGUUCAAGAAGACAUUACCGAAGACGAUUGGUGUUUCAUAGAUCACAACAGCCGAAAUAUAUUGGAUAUUAAAAUGGAUGCUAACAGAUGGUACAAGGCUUUUUCUGUAAAUGAUAUAUUUAAGGUACUUACAAAAGAAGGCACAGAUAAUUACAGCUUAGUGGCGGGAAACACAGGGAAAGGAGUGUAUCCACCAAUCAGUGAGCCUCGUGUUUAUAUCGACAUAUCGUCGAUAAGCACGUUAAAAGACAUGUUCAUAGACGAAAACCUAGUUCUAGGCGCUGGUCUUUCACUUCACGAAAUUAUGGCAAUAUUUCAGAGCCAAAUGAAAAAUGAUGAUUUUUCAUAUUUGAAGCAGUUUCACGACCAUCUCGAAUUAGUAGCUAAUGUACCUGUUAAAAAUGUUGGUACGAUUGGCGGUAAUUUAGCGAUAAAGAACAAACAUCCCUACUUCCCCUCAGACGUUUUCGUCUUGUUUGAAACAGUCAACGCGACUGUGACAUUGGAGGACGUGCAUUUGAAGACAACGGAAAUUAAUUUGCCGAAAUUCUUAAAAACUAAAUUAAACGAUCAAAUUAUUUUGAACGUAAAACUACCGCCUUUGUCUAAUAACCACUUAAUAAGAACAUACAAGAUUAUGGCCCGCGCCCAAAAUACGCAUGCAAUAGUCAACGCUGGAUUCAAUUUCCACGUAGAUAAAAAUCAAAAAAUUCUCUCUUCAAACAUAGUCUAUGGUUCUAUAAGUCCUACAUACAAUCACGCCAGAAAUGUUGAGAACGUUCUUAAAGGUCGACCGCUGUUUAGUGAUGAAACUCUGCGGAUAGCGCUAGCGAAGUUACAGGAAGAUCUCAUCCCACUUGACGUCCCGCCAGAACCAGCGUCGUUCUGUAAGAAGGCUAUCGCUUUGGGAUUGUUUUACAAGGCAAUUCUCUCCUUGAGUCCUACAGUGAAUCCUAGGUACGCAUCCGGAGGCAGUGAGCUAGUCAGACCCGUGUCAAGCGGCAUGCAGACCUAUGAUACAGACAAGAGCCUGUGGCCGCUCAACCAGCCUGUACCGAAACUGGAAGCUUUGUCUCAGUGUUCAGGCGAAGCGUUGUACACUUGCGACGCAGUUUCGGGUCCUCGAGACGUGCACGUAGCCUUCGUCCUAUCCACUAUCUGUCUCGGAGAGAUCGUCCAAUUCGAUGCCACUGAAGCAUUGAAAAUUCCAGGCGUCUUAGCAUUUUUAUCCGCUAAAGAUAUACCAGGAAAGAACUCCUUCACUCCCAAAGAAGUACCUUGGCAGGAGAUCGAAGAAGAAAUAUUAGCUAGUAAGAAGAUAUCGUACUACGGCCAACCGAUUGGUUUGAUCGCGGCCGUGUCCAGAAAACUCGCUAUUAAGGCAGCCGGUUUGGUAAAAGUUUCAUAUAAAAAAUAUGAUACUAAACCGGUUUUAAGCAUAACAGAAGCAUUAAACGCUCCCGAUAAACAAACACGAAUUCGCGAAGACGUGACAAUUAAAGCAACCGACAAGGGCAAUGAUACCACUCACACCAUUAAAGGUCAUUACUACAUCCCAGACCAAUACCACUUUACUAUGGAGACUCAGAGCUGCAGGGUGGAACACACGCGUCGCGGGAUACGAGUAUGGUCGGCGACUCAGUGGAUGGACUUAGUGCAUGUAGCUGUAGCCAGGUCGCUGGACUUGCCGUUGAAUAGCGUGGACGUGUCGGUGAGUCGCGUGGGCGGCGCGUACGGCGGCAAGGCGUCACGCGCGGCGCUGUCCGCGUGCGCCUGCGCACUCGCCGCGCACGCGCUCAACCGCUCCGCGUCGCUCGUCAUGCCGCUCACGGACAACAUGCAAGCCAUCGGCAAGCGGCAGGCGGCUUACUUCGAGUACGAGGUCUUUGUUGCUGUCACAGACUUGAAGCUUUUUUCGCACUUAAUCAAAAAUGCAUGUCGUGUCUACAUCAAGAGAAAUUUAGGGGUGAACAACGACGGUGUUAUUCAGCACGCAGACAUCGUCUACUACUCGGACUGCGGUUGUUCGUACAACGAGACGUCGGGCUCACAUAUAGCAUCGAUUAUGUGUAAUCUGUAUGAUACUUCAAGGUGGAACAUCAAAGGGUACAGCGUCCUCACUGAUAAAGCUGGUAACACAUGGUGCAGAGCUCCAGCAACUACCGAAGGGACAGCUAUCACAGAACAUUUAAUGGAACGGAUAUCGCACAUAACCAAAAUAGAUCCAAUCGACAUACGAAAAAUCAACAUCGCUCCCAAGCACAACAGCCUGAUUAACAUGAUAGAUACAUUCAAAAUGGAAACCAAUUACAACGACCGAAGGUCAGAAAUUGAAAAAUAUAAUGCCGAUAACGCUUGGAAGAAAAAGGGCUUACAACUAACGAUAAUGUGUUAUCCUAUAGUAUACGAUGGAAAUUUCUCGGUAACGAUUUCUGUGUAUCACGCUGAUGGGACUAUUUUGAUGUCCCAUGGAGGUAUCGAAAUGGGCCAAGGCAUAAAUACGAAAGUGGCCCAAGUCUGUGCGUACACUUUAAAAGUCCCAUUAAGCAUGGUGACCGUUAAGGGCUCUGAUAGCUUCGUAUCUCCGAACAAUAUAGCGAGUAACGGAAGCAUAACUAGUGAAGCUGUAGCAUUUGCGACGGUUAAAGCUUGUAAUGAAUUGUUGAAGAGAUUGGAGACUGUCAAGGAAGAGCUCGACGGGCCGACUUGGCAAGAGGUCGUUAAAGCUGCAUAUAAUAAAGGAAUAAAUCUGCAAGUGAACGCAAUGACGUCACAGCUGGACAACCUGGUCGGAUAUCCCGUAUAUGGAGUUUGUUCCGCAGAAGUGCACUUAGAUGUACUCAGCGGAACUCAUAUUGUGAACAGAGUGGAUCUGUUGGAAGAUACAGGCCGUAGUCUCAACCCUGAUCUUGACGUGGGACAGAUCGAGGGCGCGUUUGUGAUGGGCUUAGGCCUUUGGACCUCGGAACAUCUCAUCUAUGAUGCUUCAGGUCAACUUUUGACGAAUCGAACAUGGACGUAUAAACCGCCUGGUGCGUGUGAUAUACCAGUGGAUUUUCGAGUAUCAUUUAGCAGGAACUCGAUAAAUAAUAAUGGGGUUUUAGGUUCAAAAGCGACCGGUGAGCCAGCUUUAGUUCUGGCGGUGGUCGUAAUACAUGCGUUACACGAGGCUAUCGUUGAGGCUCGGAAGGAAUAUGGUUAUGAUGAUAAGGAAUGGGUUCAUGUUGAUACACCAUACUGCGUGGAGAAUAUUAUUAAAGGAAUUUCUCCAAACAUAAAAAGUUAUAAGUUAAAAUAAUAAAAUAGAAUCAUUUCAUGCAAUCAGUAAUCAAGUUUACGAGUGAACAUUGUCAUAAUUUUUCGAAACCGUCAUUUAUAACGAAGAAUUUAUGUUAAAUUAAAUA